AUGUUGAAAAUGUUCAACUUCCAACCACCAGAUGUCUCUCUGAAAGUCGAUAAUGUCAAAGAUAUGUUGAUUAGUGCAAGAAUGGGUCGUUGCAAACUGAGUCCCAUCGACGGAUCCGCCGAUCCGAACAUUCGAAAAGUGAUUGCUCAGCCCGAAAAAGGAGUACUGUACCUGAUUCUGGAUCGCGACAAUGUGCCACGCUUGAGAUGGGCUAGUCGGUUGACUGGAACAAUUAAGAAGGAUGAUUUUGUGUUUCCACACGAAGUGACAUUCAAAAAAGUUAAAAAUGACGAUGGAAAGACUUUUAUUGUCAAAAACUUGGAUAUGGGAAUUAAGAGUUGUCUGGCAUUUUGGCUCCAAAAUGAGGAUGAUGAUCCGAAUGAUGACCUGGCUGAACGAUUUCAUGAGCAAUUGAAUGAUGCGUUGGCUGAGAGAUUGGACGACCCGAAUUAUGGAGGACCAGCUGAACGUAAAAUGGGAAAACUGCCCACGGAGCAGCAAGAGACACCAAAAGCAUCAAAAGCUUCAGGCUCAAGACCAGCUGCCCAACAGACGGAUUCCGAUGAGAAGGGCACGUCUCCGGCAAGUGGAGGGCAAGGAGAAUCUUCAUCGACUGGCCAAGAAUCCACCACCAACCAGGAAGGUGAAUCUAGUCAAGGAACAAGUCAAGAAGCUUCCAGCAGCGCCGGGCAAGGAUCGUCGUCCGGUCAAGGGGCUGCACAGCAAGAGCAACCUGCUCAACAAAGACAAGGACAAGCUUCCCAACAGGAAGACCAACACAUGAGCAGCGGAUCCUCUACUGUCAGCCAAGCAGCUACUCUUCCUCCUACUUUAUCAUCGAACACCUCGAGUAUCUCCCAGUCGGUACCUUAUACCCCGCCACCAAAUUUGUCGCCAAAUGCACCAGCUCAAGAAAGUGAUACUGAAGUUGAGGAUAAUAAUCCAGAACCAGGACCACAAGGAAAUCGAGAUACUGUAGAUAUUAUGGCCACGGCGUACUCGGCCAGCAUUAUGGAGGGUGCUUUGUUCGAGGCCAGUGUCAUUGAUCAUGCUGUUUCCGAAGCCGGAAUUGCUGAUAGGCCAGCUUCGUCUGCGGCGCUUAAGCAUCCGAGGGACGUGGCCGAGGAUUCGACAACCGAGAAGGCGCCAUGCGAAGGAGGAAGUGGAGAGCAGGAGAUUAGGGGAUCCGAAGAGCCGAGCCCUAGUAAAAAGAGAGGAGCAGCAAGAUCAAACAUGCCAGAUGAGCCAGCCAACAAGCGUAAUCGUCAGAAUCAAGAAGGUGAACAAUAG